AUGCUGAACAUCAUGCUGCUUUCCGGGCAGCACCUGACGAGCCUUCCUCUCGCGGAGCUGAGCGACGUGAAGGCCCUGAAGCAGCGCUUGCAUCAGGAGCACGGCCUGCCGCCACGCUUCCGGCAAAGGCUUCUUCAAGAUGGCCACCCUUUGGAUGAUGCCGUCAAGUUGCUAGCAAGGUUGGAGACCGAUGAAACCGCCAUGGAUCUGCAGAUCUUGAUCGUGGCCUUCUCCGAGGUUUCGGAGGAGCAGAGGCAGGAGCUGAAUAAUGCGGCCUGGUUUGGCAAUGCGGCCAAGGUUGAAGCUCUGCUGCAGCUCCCGAUGGACCCCGACCCGGAUGCUGCGAGAGAUGCUGGUGGCCGUACGCCAUUGAUGAGGGCGUCUCAGGGUGGCACCGCGAAGGUCGCACAGUUGCUCCUGGAGGCGGGUGCUCAGAAGGAUGUGCAUGACAUCGAGGGCCGUACAGCACUGAUGUAUGCAGCAUGGAGCGGUCAUUCUGAAGUCGUGGAGCUGCUACUGCACGCCGGUGCGCAGACGGAUCUUUGCGAUUUGAAGGGCCGGACGGCGCUGAUAACUGCAGCGUGGCUCGGUCGUGAGUCAGUCGUGCGGUUGCUCCUUGAGGCGGGCGCCGACACGGAUCUGUGCGACAGCUCCGGACAGACGGCGCUGAUACUUGCAGCGACCCACGGUCGCACUCCAGUCGUGCGACUGCUGGUUGACGCCGGGGCUACCUGA